AUGCAGGCCCAGUACCGGAACUACCCGCCCACCGUCCAGCGCUCACCUCAUGCGACGCAGGCCCGCCGUGGCCCAGGCCCGGUCCCUACGCCUGCACACCCGCAGCAGCUGCAGCAGCAGCAGCAGCAGCAGCAGCAGCCGACUCCGCAGCAGAUGCAGGCUGCCCAGGCGCAAGAGGCCCAGCGCCGCGAACUCGCCAGACGCCAGGCGCGCAAGCCGACCGACAGGAACAUACCCGAUGGUGUGGAGGGCAUUGUUAUCGGCGACGGGGUACAGCGCUACCGUAACCUCCGGGAGGUGGAGCGCAGGCUGGAUGCCGUCAUGAUGCGGAAGAGGCUCGACAUGCAGGACUCGAUGCUGCGCAACCAGCGGAGGCUGCGGACAAUGCGCAUCUGGAUCUCGAACACUGCGAAUGAGCAGCCGUGGCAGCAGACGGGCAUGGACCCUGAGAAUUUCGAUUUUGGGAGCGAGAGCAAUGCUACCUACAGGGUCAAGAUCGAGGGGCGUCUACUGCCAGAUGCGGACGAGCUUUCCGAGGAGAGCAAAGACGCCGACAAUGCAGAAACAAGCGCGGAGAAGGACCCGGACGCAAUGGAACAGGACGGCGAGGACUCGGCAAAGAAGUCUACCCCCAGCAAACCAAAAGCACCCAGCCCACUGCCUCGCACCAAACUCUCCCAUUUCUUCAAAUCAAUCACGAUCGACUUCGACCGGCCGCGGUCACUCCAACCAGACGGCUUCGCCCAGAUCGAGUGGAAGCGGCCCGAGAGCCGCCCCGGCGUGCCCAACCUCUCCCCCGAAGCCAAUUUCGACACGCUCGAGUUCGAGCGCAAGAGCGACGAGAACAUCAACAUCACCAUCAACCUAGUCCGCGACGAGACGCCUGAGCGCUACCGGCUAAGCCGCCCGCUCGCCGAGCUGCUAGACACAGAAGAGGCCGACCGCGCCGAAGUCGUCAUGGGAAUCUGGACCUACGUCCGGACAGCCGGCCUGCAAGAAGACGAAGAGUCACGGCAUAUCCACUGCGACGCGCGCAUGCGAGCCGUCUUCAACGCAGAGAAACUCUUCUUCCCCCACAUCCCCGAGCUAAUCCUGCCGCACCUAACGCCCCCACCCCCACUCACCCUCCCCUACACCAUCCGCGUCGACGCGGCCUACAUCGAAGCCGCCUCCCCACCCACCAUCUACGACAUCCUGGUCCCGGUCCCGGACCCGCUGCGCGCGCACCUAACCGCGCUCUCCACCUCUCCCUCCGCCACAGCCACGCUCACCACACUCGUGCGCAUGGACGACGAGUUAGCGCACACGGUGCAGGCGCUGCAGCACGAGCGGGCCAAACACGCGUUCUUUACGGCCAUGGCGAGGGAGCCGGUCGGGUUUACGCGCAGGUGGAUCUCGAGUCAGCGGAGGGAUAUGGCCGUUCUUGUCGGCGAUGGCAUCGCCGGGUGGGGUAUGCAGGGCGUGGAGGAGGGCGAGGAGUGGAGGGGUGGCGGCGCUGGGGGGGUGUGGGGGAGGGAGGUUGCGAGGGAGAGUGUGGGGCUUUGGCUUGCGAGGGGGGGGAAGGCGCAUUAG